AUGUGGGAAAGCCCAGCACUCCCGACAGAGAUCUUGUAUCAGAUUUUCGAGCAUUUCUGUCUACAUUGUCAGGACAAACAUUCCGUCUCCCACGAGCAGAUCAUAUCCAAUAAGAAGGAUAAGGAACGCCCGGCUCUCAUCAACCUUAGCAGGACAUGCAAGAGCUGGGGAUGUGUUGCACAGAACAUUCUUCAUCACUACUUCAAACAUUCAGAUGAUCUGAGGCAGAUUCUUUUCUGCAGGACAAUUUGCGAGAAUCCAGAAUUGAGCAAGCAGUUGCAAGUGGCCAUCCUCGGGCUAAACGCAGGAUUCAACCAGGAGUUAUUGUACCAGCCUUGGUUUAAGAAAUCCAUGGCUAGGUAUGUGUGCUUGUUUGGGCUAGAGCCGCUCUACUUGCAGAGCUCUGUUGCCUCUUGGGGAGAGUUUAUCGCACCGAUUAUUCUACUUCGGGCAACCAACCUCAAGCAUCUCGUCGUUCACGGCUUUUAUAAUCCGAUGAUCUUCCAAAGAUUCCAUAUGGAAGCUGUCAUGCGGAACAAAGCUCUGACUCAGAAGCUCGAGUCUCUUUCGGUCGGGCAGCAGGAAAUAUCCUCCGUCUGGGAUCUGAGACCACAGGUUCAAACAUUUCUACAUAAUCUAGGGGAACUUCUUAUAAUGCUGGAGAACCUCCAGACGCUUUCCAUAUCGCGACCUAACUUUGCAAGUCUCCCAGAGAAUCUCCCACUUCAGAAGCUGCGCAGGCUCCGGAUUGGUAAUGCGAGCCUGUCGAAGAGCGGGCUGCAGAGACUCAUCAACAACACAGGAAAACUGGAAGAGUUCGUUUAUAGGGAAGUUGAAGACACGGGUUGGUCACAAGCCACCAGAACCAGACUUGUUACAUCUCAGGAGAUCUUUGAGAUGCUUUUACCCCUGAAAGAUACACUCAAGAGAGUUGUCCUGAAGAUGUGGAACUCAGAGCGGCCACCUACUGCCAUGGCUCAGCUAGUCAAGCUGCAACAGUUACGAGUCAACGCAGGAGUAUUGUGCGAUAUCUCCACGCUGAGACGCAACACCCAAGAUCUUGCAAAGAACGCCCUGCUCAAUGUGUUCCCACCGAACCUACAGACGCUAUGCCUCGACCAUAGCCACACGGAUGCACCUCGAUAUCGAGAGGCUUUGGGGUCUUACAUAUCGUCUACCUACAGAGAAUCUCCCCAGGAGCAAAAGCUAAAAGAGGUUAUUCUACAUUUUAUAGACAAAGCAUAUCCAAAUCCAGCACCGUGGGCAAUGCCUGUUGUACGGCCAACGAACGCAGAAGAAGAGGAAUCACUCCACAGAGAAUGUGGCUCAUUAUGGCUUGAAAACGGGUGUAUAACUACCACGGUAGCGCCAUUUUCAUGGUAUAGCUGCGACGACGUCGGUGAAAACACAAUGUUACCGCAUUUUUCUAUGUAG